GAUCAACCGUCGACGUUGCUUUUGUUAGUUCGCGACAAAGCCCACUCCAGAAUCCAUUUUGUUUCUUAUAUAAACAAAAAAUAUCUUACUGUUAAUCCCAUAAAGGGAGAAGAAUGCAAUUUAUUUCAGCUGUGUUUAACCUCGGCCUGCUGUGUUUCCUUUGGAAAACUGUGGUUUCCUACUAGUUUUCUCUUCCAUUCAGUUCUUCAAACUGUUCAUUUGGGUUUGUCAGAGAAUGGUCAAUGAUUGGAUGGUUUCUCUUUAUAAUUGAUUAAUAUCAAUCUCUUGGUCCAUAUAGCUGUCAAGUCUGGUUUUCUCCUUUAGAAUUUUACUCUUUAAAAUUUGAUAGUUUUCAUCUGGGUCUAGUUCAUUCUCUGCAUAAAUGGUGAAUCAGGGUGUGUUGUCGGGGAAGAAGUCCUUUAAAACAGUGAAUUUGAGCUUCAUAUUACCUUACUACACUCAGUGGGGUCAAAGCCUGCUAGUUUGCGGCUCUGAACCUGUGCUUGGUUCAUGGAAUGUGAAGAAGGGUCUGCUAUUGAUCCCUUUUCAUGAAGGUGGGGAGCUCAUAUGGAGCGGAAGAAUUGGGGUUCCAAGUGGGUUCGGAUGUGAGUACAGUUAUUAUUUGGUGGACGAUGACAGAAAUGUUUUGAGAUGGGAGGCUGGGAAGAAACGCCAAUUGCAACUUCCUGAAGGGAUUGAGGAUGGAGAGGUGGUGGAGCUUCGUGAUCUGUGGCAGGGUGCUUCUGAAACUCUAUUUUUCAGAAAUGCUUUCAAGAAUGUCAUAUUUCAAGAUAGUUGGAAUUUGGAUUCAGAAACACUCCUUGUACCCUUUCAGAAGAACCUUGAACUAGAAGAUUCUGUCCUGGUUCAUUUUAAAAUUAGCUGCCCAAAGAUAGGAAAAGGAACAUCAGUUUAUGUGAUAGGGAGCUCCCCCCAGUUAGGAAAAUGGAAGCUUCAGGAUGGACUUAGACUUAGCUAUGCUGGUGAAUCGUUUUGGCAAGCAGAUUGUGUGAUUCGAGAGGAUGAAUUCCCAAUUAAAUAUAGAUACUGUCAAAGUAGCCAGACAGGAAAUACUUCAUUGGAAAUGGGAUCAAACCGGGAGCUCUCUAUUGGCUCAAAAAGUCCUCCAAAAUACAUUUGCCUAUCUGAUGGUGUUUUUCGGGAAAUGCCAUGGAGGGGUGCUGGUGUUGCAAUCCCAAUGUUUUCUGUCAGGUCAGAAGAUGAUCUUGGAGUUGGAGAGUUUCUUGACCUGAAGCUGCUUGUUGACUGGGCAGUUGAGUCAGGGUUCCAUUUGGUUCAACUUUUGCCAAUCAAUGAUACAUCUGUUAAUGGAAUGUGGUGGGACUCAUAUCCUUACAGUUCUCUCUCUGUAUUUGCCUUGCAUCCAUUAUAUCUGAGAGUACAGGCACUUUCAGAAAAUAUACCUGGGGAUAUUAAGAAAGAGAUCUUGAAAGCAAAAGAACAGCUUGAUGGGAAGGUAACGCUGUCUAGCCCAUGCUUCCAUUGGAAGGCUUAGAAGCCCACUGGUUACUUAUUUUUGUGUCAUAUUUUAAAUAUUUCAAUGAAAUAAUUGUAUGUAAUACUUCCAAUGAAAUAUUCGAAUUUGUAAA